GUCCUCCGAACCGACGAUGUUCUCUCGACGCCGUACGCCUCGCUCCUCGGUUUCGCCGACGACACCAUGGCCGUAGCCCGUGGCUUGGAUGAGAGAGCUGCGACAAACUCAAGUAUCCCGCCUGAUGUUCAACUGCUUCCCGACGGAUCGCUGGACUUUACUGCUUGGAACAAUCUCACCAAUACGGCUUGUCAGGCGCGCCUUGCCUCACUCACACGGACUUCGAAUCCAUCGGGAGACUGCAUUUGCUACAACUUGCCGAUGCUGGACGUCACUACCGGCAUGUUUGAGGCGGAUUUGCGGCUGUAUCGUGUUUCUGACCCGAGAGAUGAUUUCGUUGGUGUGCCGCCCAGUGAAAUUCAGGUGGGCGUGGUGUACAAGGGCGCCAGUGUGACUCCCAUGAAGCCAGUGACUUCAGGGUCGAGUUCUAGCCCGCCCGUCAAUAUCACCAAGAGAGACACCUCUUCCAAUGCCCCGACUCUGCUGCAGUCUUACAUGCUGGUUGGCCAAAUCGACAAGGACCAGAUGAAGAACAACUUGUCAAUUGCCGAUCUCGAAGCUCUUGUCAUGCCCACCCUCACUUUAUCCGCAGUUACCUCCACCGGCGCCCGAAUCAGCUCCAACGUGUCUCUCAACGAAGCCGUUUUCCUUGUAGGCGUCUUCUCCAAGGACGUCAUCCUGUCCGACUUUGCCGCCGCCCAACAGGCUGUGACGCUGCAGCACGACGGCCUCAAGAACGGCACCGUCGCGUUUGUCUUGCCAGGAGUCAACAUCUUGAUUUUCCCCACUGGUCUCGUCAUUACUGGUACCUGGUUGUUCAUUGGGUUGUGUGCCUAUGGAUAUGGCACGUAUGAGAGGAUCCAGCAUGUCACGGCUUAUAAGCGGAGA